AUGUCCGAAUCGGCGGCGUCACAAUAUCAAGUUCUCGAAGAGCUUGGAUCUGGAAGUUUUGGUGUCGUAUACAAGGCCAUUGAAAGGGCUACGGGGGAAAUAUGUGCGAUUAAGCAUAUCGAUCUUGAAUCUAGUGAAGACGAUAUACAAGAAAUCCAACAAGAGAUAUCAGUCCUCAGCACCUGCGCCAGUCCAUACGUUACUCAAUAUAAAGGAAGUUUUCUUCGUGGUCAUAAGUUAUGGAUUGUUAUGGAGUAUUUGGGUGGAGGAUCAUGCCUGGAUCUGUUGAAACCCGCCCCAUUUCACGAAGCCCAUAUUGCGAUUGUUUGUCGAGAGAUUCUGCUAGGUCUGGAUUAUCUUCAUCAGGAAGGAAAAAUACACAGAGAUAUAAAGGCGGCCAACAUAUUACUAUCGACCACGGGAAAGGUUAAACUGGCAGAUUUUGGAGUCGCAGCACAACUCACGAAUAUAAAAUCACAAAGGAAUACUUUCGUCGGUACCCCUUUUUGGAUGGCACCAGAGGUUAUUCAACAAGCAGGAUACGACUUCAAAGCGGAUAUUUGGUCACUUGGAAUCACGGCAAUAGAGAUGGUAAACGGAGAACCACCUCAUGCUUCGAUACAUCCAAUGAAGGUUCUAUUUCAAAUACCCAAAGCACCGGCACCAAGAUUAGAAGGCCCGAAUUAUAGUAAGGAAUUUAAAGAUUUUGUGGCACAAUGUUUGGUCAAAGACUGCGAUCGCAGACCUUCGGCAAAGCAACUGUUGAAGCAUAAGUUCAUCCGCUCUGCAGGAAAGGUUGAGGCUUUGCAGGAGUUGGUGGAGAGAAGACAAGAGUGGGAUGGAUCAAGGACUCGGCCCUCGCAUCCCAAAUACUAUGAAGAAACACUCAACACGAUGACUCCGAAAUAUGAGCCCGAUGGAUGGGUCUUUGAUACGGUUAAGGCUUCUACCAUUACUGUAGCACCAUCGCGAAAGAAUGGGAGCAAAAGAAGGAAGCUUUCUGUCAUUCAUGCAAAUGGCCAGGGUAGCCAAACUCCAGAAGAAGCUUUCAAAAAAUUAGAUCUCAAAGAUUCGCCUUUGGAGUAUUCUUCACCCCCGUCAUUACCGGCCGACAGAGGUACCGUCAGAAGGCAGCCGCCAGCAGUGCAACAUCCUUCAUCCACUAGGCCUCGUCAGGACAGUAUACAGAGUCAAAAUAAUACAGCGAGGAGACCACCACUAGCACCGGAUAUGAGCUUUGGUAAUACCGGUUCAACAGUUCGAUUAUUCCGCAGGGUAUCGAAUAAUUCAAUAUCAUCCAGACCAAGUAGCCCCGAAGAUUCAGCAGAAGUUCCAUCGGGAGACGAAAAUAAAGCACUCGUGCAAGUAGCUGAAGCCAACACGAAAGAAGCAUACCUUGGACGACGUGUUUACACGAAAGUUGUGGAUCCAGCAUUCCAAGAAAUGCAUGCACAAACUGGUGAUCAAGCUAAAAGACAAGCACUGUCCCAUCUGGCCGAUGCCUGGGCUGCCCUCGACGCUGUAGAUCCAGAAGGCGAAUAUCAUCUACUCAAGCUUUUGAUAGAUAAGGUGGAGCAAGAACCCAAGAUUGCUUCACAUAUUUCCCCAAGCAAGUCCUUAGUAGUGAGAGAUGGGACCCCUCAAGGAUCGCCACAGAAAGCCGCUAAUGGUAAACUAAUAUUGGCAACAUCUAAUCCACACCUCAAGAGUCAUCGCCGGAGGCAAUCCAGUGUCAUGCCAGAAGUGGAGCCGAAGGAGAAGUCAAAUUUACCUGGACAAACAGUGCCAGGAAUGGAGCAUACGAAACAACUUGCUGAUGUAUUAUACGCGCGGUGGGCAGAAGGAUUGGGAAGGAAGUUCCCGGGGGUGUGA